GACAGAACGCUGCAAAACGGCGAUGAAAACAGUUCAAUUGAAGCUACUGUGGCGGCACGGUCGCACGGGGUAGCUGGCGAAAAGCGGAAGUAGGAAGCGGACUGGCAUAACACAACCAGGAUCGGAUCGCCUGACAGAACACGGGACCGAGCAUUGUGAAAUCGUCGUGAGAAUCGACCCGACACUGUUCGCGAGUGGAAGUGCUCUCAAGUGCUGUGCAAGCUGCUCGUCAUCAUCAUUGUUGCUGUGGUCGUGGACGUCGUUGUCAACGUUGUCCUAAGCAAAGAGCAGGCCAGAUCAAAAGUGAACGACGGGAAAAACAGCGAGGAACGCCACAGUGAGCUGUACGCGGGAAUACAGACCUCUGUUCAUAAGAAGCUGCGGUACACCCAGUUCAGUAGUGCUCUCUGUGUGUGUAGGUGUUGUGUGUGCUCUUUUGUGGUUUUUCGGAAGCUGUGUUUGGUGGAAAAUCGAUCUCACUAGCUGCAGUGGUCAUGUGCGGUUUCAAGGGCUAAGCUAGGCCAAGUGCAAAAAGUAGCUUUUCCUAUGAAAUUGUACACAACUUGACAAGGUUUCGAACUCGAGCGGUUAUUUGACAAACGGUGCUGCACACGGUGCCGCGGACGGAAAAUGUUGCUGCUAAAGAAAAAUCUUCUCUACUGGCUGCUCCUGUCAGCCAUAUUGGUGAAAACGGUUUACUGCGUCCCGACGGCAGCCGUCACAGAGGCGGACGAUGAUAACGACUCAGAAUGGGACGAAGAUGAGGAAUCAUCGGAGGCAGAUGAUGAUGGGCGGGUGUAUAAGAAUCCGAGGAAUUCGCCCUCAACCGAAUGUCCACGAGACGAGGAACAGGCCACACUGCUGGGUCAAAAGUGCCUACGCAAGUGUUCGUCGGACGAGGACUGUAAGAGUAAGAAGAAGAAAUGUCUAUGCGAUGGUGCGUGCGGUAUGUCCUGCAUUAAACCGGAUCGGGAAUGUCCGGACCUGUCGCAACCGAGCCUCGGGUCAGUGACACUAUCCGGGAAGCAUUUUGGAUCGCGAGCGACGUACACCUGCCCGCAUGGCUAUCACGUGGUUGGGCUGCAGAGUCGACUGUGCCAAGCGGAUGGAAGUUGGGCGGGAAGUGAGCCAGUAUGCAAGCAGAACAUCUAUUGUUUGGAGCCACCGACCAUCGAACACGCAAGACACUCCGCUCUACCCGAGCAGGCAACCUUUGAUCUCGACUCAACGGUACAGUACCACUGUCACACGGGCUAUGCUACGGCCGGAUUUCCAAGAGCCAAAUGUUUGGCCGUCGAUGGACAAGCGAGCUGGUAUGGACCAGACAUUUCCUGCGAACCACGUUCCUGUGGUCAGCCGCCCGAUCCUGCUCAUGGCUGGCAUGCCGGAGAGAGCUACACGUUCGGUGGAAAGGUAACAUACCAUUGCGGUGAAGGGUACGAGCUGGUCGGAAGAGCCGAACGCUACUGCCAAGCCGAUGGAUCGUGGACACCGAAGGAACUACCAACCUGUGUUCUGGUCACAUCGGUACAAUGUCCAUCGCCUGAAAAUCCGAGAAAUGGUAAAGCGAUCUACACCAGCACAUCCUACAACUCGGUGGUCAGUUACGAGUGUCGCUAUGGUUACACCCUGGUGGGUGAAAGCUCUCGCCGAUGUGGUGCUGACAAGCGUUGGACCGGAACAUUGCCUGCUUGCAAAGAAAUAAACUGUGGACAUCCCGGCACGCUGUACAAUGGAUGGUUGGAGAACAUCGAAAGUGGUACGGGACUUGGGGCGAGCAUCAUAUUCCGCUGUCAUCCAGAAAUGCUGCUGGUCGGUAAUACCUCGUCCGUAUGUCAAAUUGAUGGUCGGUGGCGAUACCCGCUGCCGCAAUGUUUGGCACCCUGUGUCGUUCCUUCCAUCUCGCAAGGUCAGGUAAUUCCGAUCGAGUUUGACAUCGACGUGAACUCGACGACAGUUGUGCCGACAAGUGGAAGUAGCUCAAAGGUAAAGCAUGGUACCGUGCUGGAAGUGAUUUGUGAUGAGCAUUACGAGUUUCCCUUCUCUUCACUAUCGCCGCCCACCUGUAACAACGGGACGUGGAGCGUUAUACCACGAUGUGCACCGGCACGCUGUAAAACCAUGCCCAAGCCGCCAAAGUUCGGUAUGGUGUUGGCACCGAAGACGGAACAUGGUAUGCGAGCACGGUUCAAGUGUAAGGACGGUUACAAUCUAACAGCUCCGGGUGGGAAACCGAUACCAGAUCCGAACAACUACGUGUUGAUCUGUUCAUUUGGUAACUGGACUGGUGAAAUGCCACAGUGCACGGAAGUGUAUUGUCAGUUCCCGGGAUACAUCCCCAAUGGAAAGGUGUUGCUGGUGGGAAACAUGGGUUUGUACGACUAUCGGCCGUACGUGCGGAAGGUGAUUAACAACAAGCAAAUUAUGUACGAGUGUGACAAGGGCUACGUGAUUGAAACAGGUCCACCUGGAGCGACCUGUAUAGGAGGGAAGUGGAGUCCGACGGAGCUACCGAUCUGUACGCCCGGUCAGCAUCCUCGGUUGCGCUGGAAUCGUCGUCGUCGUUCGCUAGACUUGCGUAUGCGAUUCCACCGUUCAAAUCUGCUAAAGCAGCACUAUCGUUAUUUGCAACGUAAGCUGGAGGAGCAUGACGCUUAUCAUCAGCACGAAUUGGUUAAACGUGCCGCUGCUAUACCGUAUCGUGGUCAGAUGACACCCAAUCGCCAUUACACGUUCGAAGACUUCCAGCGUUUUCGUGCAAAGCGUAGCAUCGAUGCGAGUCGAAAUGCACUGCUAAGAAGCGCCUUCCGCACCGCUAUGGUGCGUGAGCGUCGGGAGCUUUCGGAUGUGGAGAAAGCCUACAGCAAGUACUACGAGCGCAUUAAGGCAAAGUAUCGGAACUAUGUGCAGAAUCUGCUUGGCUUCAACAAGGCUCGUACCAUGCCCACACACGACGAUAUACACGUGCAGGACGGUCGAUGGCAUUCCUACCCUGAGUCAGACCCAGUAAGUCGUAACCGAGGCGUGCAGAAUGGGCGUGAAUCAGAAGCAGGGCAGCUGAUGGGAACACCGGCACCCUCACCAGUAGCUACUCGUCGACCUCGACCACACAAAGGCAAGCAAGGUGGUAAGGCUCGAAAGCCGAAGCUUCCACCACCGAUCACAAUUCCGGACAUAAACGAACAAUCACGCUAUCGUUUGGAUUUUGUCGAGAGUGCCGAAACUAAUCGAACACCGGACCAUCUGAAUGAGAACGAUAUUUACAGCAAUUAUUUCCCACCGCCACUGACGGGGCGUUAUCACACGAGCUGGCAGUUUGCAUCGGAAGUGACGCCCAGUCAUCGGAACGAGGGCAACCAGUACCGUACAACACAAUACCGUGGCCGGAAUCGAACGGAACCAACGGUGGAGGAAAGUCCGCUCGCACUGAUGGAGAAGCUACAGUCGCAGAUCAUCAGAAGGAAGCGAGACACGCGCGAUGCUGGCAGCUCGAUGGAGGAAACGAAGCGCACACAGAAAGCGAAUCGCAAGGCAGCGAACCAGACUGACGUGGAUAGCAUGGACCCGGCGCGGAAGGUGAAAUUCAAGGGACCUUGUGAACCUCUGGCCAGUGAACCGUACGCACAACUGGAAAUCGUUCGCCCAGGCAAGGACCCGAAUGAAACGUUCGGUCCAGGGACGAUUGUGCGCGUUACCUGUACGAAGGGGUAUGUCUCUAACAUUAUAAAUCCGAAUGCGACAGCGAAAUGUGUCAGGGGACGAUGGAAGCCAACAAAACCAACGUGCAGUAUGAAACCCUGUUUCGUGCCAUCUACCGAGCAUGGCAAGUACUAUGAUGCAUCAGUCGAUCUGACGACCAUUGAUGCAGUGCGACCAACUACAGCCUCUCUAACCCCGAUGGAGAUGGUCGAAAAUGGGAAGAUGAUCAAUUUCCAGUGUGAUCAUGGCUACAACACGCAGGGUCCCUCCAAUCUACGCUGUUGGAACGGUGAGUGGGCUGUCAGUUCACUGCCGGAAUGUUUACCUGCCCCUUGUGUUCUGCCGCCAAUUAUGCACGCAAUCUAUCAGGGUGGAUAUCGUGCUGGUCUAACUAUUGCACAUGGCAGCUCAGUGAUGAUUCAGUGUGAAAGCGGCAUGGGAAGUGCAUCAUCAGUACAGAUGGAUUGUGCUCUCGGUUCGCUUACGCCCGAAACGAUUAACUGUGGGUACAUUUCGUCCCGCAAAUCGCGCGAUGACGACAGCAGCUCGAUCAUCGUACUCGAUGGCAACAAUGUGACUUCCUCCGAGGAUGAAAACGAUGGCAGAGAGUGCGGUCCACCAGGGAAGAUCCAUGGCUCGUUGGUGUACAAAAACGGUGAACAGAUGGAUGAAAACAGUGAGGAAGGUUUCCCGUCCGGUACGGAGAUAACGUUCGACUGUAUCGCUUCCAUAACGGGCGAACAAACAACAUGGAAAAUUAUAUGUGAAGAUGGGCAAUGGAUCGGUCGCUCAAUGAAUUGCGAUGACGAUGAUCCACUGUUUCAUCGAAUGCCGUCGGCGAACGGAUCGUGCAUGUUCCGCAACAAUGAGCCACACGUGGUUAGCUUCUACAACGAUCUGGAAAUUCGGGAGGACAUUGUGGAGUUUCCGCCGGGGACGACGAUCAUAUCGAGAUGUGUCGAUAUUGGAAAGUACGCCAUGAUCGGUACCAGUGUGCGAACGUGCGUUCGUUCGGAGUGGAGCGGGCAGAAGCCAUCCUGUUUCGGGUUGAACCAGGAGAAUGAUUACGCAAUGGAAAAACCACCGACCAUAUUGAUACGCCACCAGAACGGCCCGAUAGCGCAGAGUAAUGAUGGUAAGCUGAUCGUGUAUCCGGGUACCACCGUACAUCUCGAGUGUCUGUGGAUGCGUCGCUUUGGAAAUCCACGAUGGAAUGUUAGUCACGAUUAUCGCAAAUAUCCCGAAGGCUGGAGCUCGGAUGAAGGGCGCGAUCCACAGCUAGAGUUUCGCAUUAGCAUUAUGCACGCAGUCAAGGAUGAUUCUGGAAGUUUCACCUGUGUCACACCAGCACGACACACGCACACGGUUGAAGUGGUUGUAAAGGCGGUUCAUUGUAACGAAAUUCAGGUAAGACGAGGACUGUCCGCCAGCACAGGAGAGACGAUGAUGGGCACACGAGUACUAUUCUCUUGUACCAACGGUAAUGCACUGAUUGGAACGCCUGAGAUCUCCUGCCUGCCAAGUGGUAACUGGAGUGCACCGUUGCCCGUCUGCGAGAGUGUGGAGUGCGGUGAGGUCCCGAUACAACCGAGCAGUAAUGGGUCCGCACCGCGAGUUGCCAUCUUGUCGCGAGAGGUUGGAGGUCGUGCGGCGUUUUCUUGCCCACCUGGCUAUGGUUUGAGGGGACCCAGUGAAGCCAUCUGCUUGCCCACGGGUGAAUGGGGUGGUCCAUUCCCAUCGUGUGUGGAGGUUCAGUGUUUCCACCCAGGGGCACCUCAAAAUGGUUACGCUCAGGGAACGCCGCCGUAUAGGGCAGGAGAUGUGGUCCAGUUCAACUGCAACCCGGAGUACAUGAUGCAGGGACAGCCGAUCAUCGCUUGCCAGGACAAUGGGCGCUGGUCGGGAGGUCUACCAAAGUGUGUACAGGCUUGUUCCUACCCCGGUACCGCCAUCAGUGGUCGGAUGUCAUCGGUGAAGUUUUACUACUCAAUCGGGGAAAGCAUCACAUUCACGUGUGACGCCGGGCUGGAGUUGCGCGGCGCCAAGAUGCUCAAGUGUCUGAAAAACGGUAAAUGGUCGAAUGCCAUUCCAACCUGCGUUAAUCCUGACGCAGUGAACGUGCGCACCGACGCGAAAGGGGUGUUUAAGCGGGACAACUAAACGGUUCACUUAACGGAGCCGUUCGCCCAAGGAACGUAGAAACGACCCACCUACAGUGCAGGAGGACCUGUCACUGGAUUGAUAGACAGCUACAAACUCGGUUUCGACAGAGAGAGAGAGAGAGAGAGAGAGAGGGAGAGAGAGAGAGGGAGAGGGAGAGAAGAGAGAGUAUAAUAGCAAUUUAUUAGCAAUCAGCGGGCAGUUCAAGGAAUUGCUUCAUCUCAUAACCUUAACAUAGGCAACCCAUUGAGAGGAGUCACAAGAAAAAAUAAGCCUCAUAAAGGCGAUGAUCGUAUCAAAAGAGGAGGUGAGGGGGGGGGGGGGGGGGGGUACAGCUACUU